AGAUAUAUAAAUAUAAGGGCAAUACAAUUAAUACGUUGAAGGGUCUUCAAAAGUUUGGCAGCUAGCAAUGGAAGAUUUGGUGGGAUGUAAGUCAGAUGAAGAAAAGAUUAAUAUUAAUGAAACUUGCAAAUGUAGUGAAGAUGUUGUUAUAAAGGAAGAUAACAACCAUGAUGAAGUUGAAUCGACGAAAUUAGAGAUGGAGGGCGUGAGAGAAGAAAACGUGAGAUUGAAGACUUUGCUCCAACAGAUCGAGAGCGAUUACAAGGCUCUACAAAUGCGAUUCACUCGUAUUUAUCGAAAAGAUGGUGAUGAUGAAUUCAAUUACAAGAUAUUAAUCGAAAGCCCGAUUCUCAAUAGUGCUUUUGCGGAAGAAGAGAUUAAUAAUACUGGUGGCGGUGGUGAUGAUGACGAAGAAUUGGAGUUGGUGUCUCUUCGCCUCGGAACAAGCCCACCAAUUAGUGACGAGCGGGCCAAGAAGGCGGCGGUAGUAAACAACAACAUCAAUAUUCUUGAAGGCGGGUUGAAUAGGUCAUGUGUUAGCUUGACUGGAGGGAAGAAAGAAAGUUCGUCGCCGCCGACGAGUAACGUGUCGAUGAAGACGCAAAGAAGUGGAGAAGACGGCGAAUUAAUUUCUCAGACAAGUCUUGUCAAGAGAGCUAGAGUUUGUGUUAGAGCUAGAUGCGAUACCCCAACUAUGAACGAUGGGUGUCAGUGGAGAAAAUACGGGCAGAAAAUAGCGAAGGGAAAUCCAUGCCCACGUGCGUAUUAUCGUUGCACAGUUUCUCCAACAUGUCCCGUCAGAAAACAGGUGCAACGGUGUAUGGAUGACAUGUCGAUCUUGAUCACAACUUACGAAGGGGCCCACAACCACCCACUCCCCAUGUCAGCCACCGCAAUGGCUUCCACCACCUCGGCGGCAGCUUCCAUGCUCCUCUCCGGCUCUUCCUCCACUUCUCAGCCGCCGUCAGCCACCGCAUCUCCACCACCACCGCCGAAUAUGUACGGACCACCACCACCGUCGACUUUCCGCCCAUACGAUCAUAACUCCAGAUCAAUAACGGCGGCACAGCCGAGCUACUUCUUGCCGCAGUACAACUCUCCGUCGACUCCGUUUCCCACCAUAACCCUAGACCUCACCACCAAUCCCUCAGCCGCCGCAUACGGUGGUUUCGGCCUCUAUUCCUCAACUACUAAUAAUACUUCUCGAAACAACAAUAUUCCUCGAGUUUCUCCGACAAGCCUGAACUUUUCUUCCGGUGGAGGAAUAUUCUCUCAUGGGACGACGACGGCAUUUCCCUACAGAAACGACCAACACCACUAUUCUUUAUUGCCGGAAAAACCGGCACACGAACAACAUGAAUAUCGGUCCUACUUGGAGAAGUUUAACCAGGCUUCGUCGCAACAGGCUCUAACCGAGACACUAACCAAAGUUAUUACUUCCGACGCAAGUUUUCGGUCUGUAAUAGCAGCUGCGAUUUCGACAAUGACUGCUAAUAAUAAUGGAGGCGGAGAAAUUGGUGGCGGCGGCCCAAACUUGAAAUGGGGUGGCGGUGAUCAGCAUAUUCCGGCGACAGAUUCAAAUCAGCUUACCUGAAAGUAAUUAAUAGCAGAAAAUCUGUCUUUGAUUCGUAACUAUAGAUGCAUUUUUUUUUUAUCAGAAAAGCUUGUUGUUUGCUGGGGAAAAUUGUGUACAAAUAUGUUUGUUUCGGGUAUUUGAAUGUCGAUAAUUUACGCCAAAUAUUAAAUCCAGCGCGGAAUAAUAUUUGGAGUGAAUUAUCGGUAUCAGUAUGAAAUAAAAGUUUUGGAUUUUUCAAGUACAUUGUACAAUUAAUCGAGGAAUUCUUCUGUCAUUCUAUUAGGCAGAAUAUUUCUACGAACAUCGAACAAAUAAAUCGAAAUUGAAGACGACCUCGAUUUAAUUGCGUAUUGUUUGUAAAUCUAUCUUUAUGUAGACUUUCAAAUAUACAUUAUUCAAAAUUUUAAUGCCUUUCUUAGCAAAUAAUAACAAUAAAAGA